AUGGCCCUAACAUCUAUUGUCAUAUUCAUAUCCCGGUCUAUCCCGACCAUUGCCCUAUGGCUCCUAUCACUAGCAAUAGCCAGCCUAACAAGCAAAUACAUCUACCGCCUCUAUCUCCACCCUCUAUCCCAAACCCCUGGCCCCAAGAUCGCAGCCUGUACCUCCCUCUGGCUAGCAUACCACACCUACAUCGGCGAUGAAUGCACAGUAAUCUUCAACUUGCACCAAAAAUAUGGCCCAAUACUCCGUGUCGCGCCCAACGAUGUUGAUAUCGCCAGCGCAGAUGCUAUCGAGCCGAUAUACAUCGCCCGGGGUGGAUUUCCCAAGGCGAAAGCUUACUCGAAAUUCGAUAUUGACGGCCACAAAACUAUUUUCUCGACGUUGACGUUGCCAGAGCGUGCGAGCAGGGCCAAGGCUGUUGCGCCGCUUUUUUCAACUGCUUCCAUUAGACAGUCCGAGAAGGAGUUGAUGACCGUCUUUGAUGAUUUUGUAGAUCGCCUAAAGCGGGAUGCUGGGAAGGGGGCACCUGUGGAUGUUCUUAAUCUUUCGCGUUGUAUGGCUAUUGAUGCUGUCAGCACUCAUCUUUUUCAGCAUCGGUACGGGGCUCUAAAUGAGGACUCGGGGGUGAUGUCUGCGUCGCCUUUUGUGGAUGCAUUUGUUGGUGUUGGGGCUUUCUUCAAUUUCGCGCCGGGGAGAUUGACGGAUUUUGUUAUGGCUGUUGCUGCGAGAUUCAUAUCGUCUGAGACGACUGAGAGGGCAUUCAAUCGUAUCGACAAGUUUACUGGGCAGCUUGUGAAGAGUGUCACACUUGCGAAUGAUACAUCGUCUGCAAGAGCAAGCUAUCAGAGCCGCCUGUUGGAGAAACAGUCUGUUUCACAGUCCCAGAUUGAGGUGAAAGACGUUUCCUUUGCUGGGACAGAUUCAACCAGUAUGAAUACUGCUACUAUAUUGUGGUUUCUUGCGAAGAAUCCCAAAAUAUACAACAGACUCCAUGAGGAAGUUCAAAAAUCAAUCGCUAAGGGAGAAGACCCUGCCUCGUGCGGCUAUCUUCGAGGCACUGUUCGCGAAGGACUGCGUCUAUCCUGGGCAAACCCGAUCAGACUACCGCGAGAGGUUCCUGUCGGAGGAUGGAAGUAUCAUGGAUACUACUUUCCGGCUGGAACGAGUGUCGGUGUCGCUUCUUUCCAACUACAUCAAGAUGAAGCUGUUUUCCCAGAGCCGUUGCAAUAUAUGCCGGAACGCUGGCUUCAGCCGACCAACGAGAUGCUUGAUCAUUUCUUUGCAUUUGGGAAGGGGAGUAGGGCGUGUAUUGCGCAGAAUCUAGGGACCUUGGAAGUAACCAUGGCUAUUCUUAAGGUUGUUGAGGCGGAUUUGCUUCGUGGGUCGAGUAUCGUUGGUGAUGGUAUCCUUCGCCGCAAGCAGUGGUUUAACUCCCGAGUUGAAGGGGAGCAAAUCUUGAUUCGAUUGAGGGAUCACAUCUAG